UCCUUAGCAACAGGAAAUCGGAGGGGAUUGUAUUCCAGCACGGACCUUUUGAUAAAAUAAUUUUAGUUUGCGACGAAAUUACCGGGAGAAAGUGUUUGUAUUUUAUGUAGCGACAUCGUGUAUUUGUUUCGUAAACUAGAACUAUCACUCUAACAGAGCACAACGAACGCAAUUAAUUUGGCGGAAAGCUGACAAAAACUAGAAUAGUUGGCUUUGAGCUUUAUUGGCAGGAGUUAAAUUGUGAAUAUUGUGUAUUAACUGAAAAGUUUAGUGUAUAUUACGUUAUCAUAAUUUUAUCCAUUAAGUGACUCGACUAAAAAGACCUGUGUGCUGCCAGAAGAUACUCAUUAACUUGAUUUGAUGAGAAACACCCAUUAGAACUUAGAAAGUUAUACGUUCCAUCCAGGAAGUAGGAAGAUUUACAGUUCUUAUAAAUACCCAAAUAAAUCACUGUCCCAAGAAAAUGCUGACAGUUUUUCGCCUGAAAAUGUCCCAGAAGUCAUUAGUAGCGUCCAUCAGGAGAAUUACCUCACAAAUUCUACUCGCAAUUUACAUGGAGAAUCACUUCCUAUAAGACCUCAGAAAUGAUCUAAUUAAUCAAACCUGAUGAUUAAAUGGCAACUUUCAGUCAAACCCCGGAAAAAGGCCGUCCGCCUGAUUCCCCAACAUCGGCUACGGGUUUAAAACUAUUAAACAGGAAAUCGAGCUCGAAGUCUACAUGGCACAGUAACCCGAACGACAAACAUUCACCGUAUCUUUGUUCGAACUCGAAUCCAUUGCCUAGAAACUUCGACGGCAACGAGUUCUUUGAAGUAGAAACGAAAUUGACAGAGGAUCUCAACAAAAAUGUACAGGUCGCCGUCAAAAAGAUGGAAAAAACUAGCUUAAAACAAAGUUUACCUAAAUUACUUUGUUUGACUAAGUCGCCCGUUCGUUUCAAUAAAAGAGAGACGACCAACAUAAAUGCAAUGAAAACAUUGAACGUAAAAACUUUGAGUACGGACAACUACGAAUACGACGAGUAUAUGAAAAAAAGUGCCUCUGGUUAUCUGAAUAAUUCAAAUUCGGUGAACGACCAAUGUGAUAAUUCAACAAAUACGUCGUCUCAGUUCUGCGAUAACAGUAGAAUAGAAAAUUCGAAGAAAAGUAGAAAUAGUUUUCAUCAAAACGUUGAAGAAGCUUUAAAUUCUCUAUUGUGGCAGCCCUAUGAAUACCAGGGAACUACGAGAAAUUCUCCGUCAAUUUCUCCGUUUAGCUCUUAUAGUAGUCCAUCUUCAUCUUACAACGACCUUGAAGAGCUUACAAAGAAUGAUGGUACUUCAGAGCCAUGCAGUUUUAGAGACCUACAUCUACAAUCGUCGACUUCGGAUUCAGAAAUGGUUAUUAACCUGCGAGAACCCAUCGUGACGCACCAAUCACAACGUGCAUUUACGUCACAUGACCCUCGUACAAUUCGUUCAACAACUCGACUAAGCGAUGUAUUCAGUUUAACGGAGAUUGCGAGUCAGCGUGUUUCACGAGUCGACGUCUACGGCGAUAGUGAUGUAAACUUUUGUGAUAUGCAAGUUAGUGUUCCGUUAAAUUCGUCCUGUGCGCCAGAAACCGACGUUUCACCGGUUCCAAUUUGUGACAAUGGGGUGAACAAUAGUGUUACCACGCAAACUAUUUUUCAAAAUAUUAACGAAACAAAUUUAAGUACGGCUAAUGUCGUUGGAUUACCGAAUCACGCGAGAUAUUCCUCAGUGCCUGUUAGUACUAUACAGACCAGAGCUACCAAUAGUAGCACUCUAGUACCGAAACACUCAAGGAAUAUAUCGGAACCAUCUAAUCAAUUUUUCAAAUGUCAAAACAACGUCUUCGGUUCUCAGACCACAAGUUCGAAUAUUUAUAGACACACUACACAAAUUGAUCAUCCGAACGUACAGCAAAUUAAUACUUUCAGAAGUACUUCAGUACCCAAAAAUGUGCCAGUCAUACCGAGACAUGAAAGUACAACGGUUACUACUACCACGACGGUACCCAGUACUUUUAUAAAUAAUUCUAGAUUUAGUCAAAAAAUAAAUACGCAAGUGUCAAACGAUGUCAGUAACGUCAAUGUAAAUUUUUAUAGAGCAGUACCUGUUAAUGUCAUUUCUUCGGUACCUACUAUUCAUUGCUUAAAUACUUUAAGUAAUGUACAAGGGAAUGAAGUAUCGAAUGUUCAAGUACUUCCACUAGGAAAUCCCCCAAGUUUAGUAUCUACAAAUAGCUCUCUUGUGGUCGGUACUACCCAAGUUAUUUUACAUAAUACUCAAGCUAGUAUCGGCAAUUUCGAUAGAUCGAAUCUUUCUGGUGUGCAGAAUAGUUCUACUUCAACUAACACUGGUACUAAUACUAAUGCAGUAUAUAAUUUCUAUCCUCAAACAUCGACAAAUCAAGUGAUUAUUCAAAAUAAACCUUCACAUUGUACUACCGUUCCUUUUGUUAAUAAUCAACCCAUUUUAAGAACCAAUGUUCAUGUUGAAUCAAAUGUUCAAGCUUCUCCCGUAAGGCAGCAGGGAAACGAAAAUAGAUCCACCACUAGAACAUUUACGAGUACUGAAGCACAAACUGAUGAAAUAUCAAUACUUCCUCCUACCAACGAACAACCUACAACAAGCAGGGAAAACAGACGAAGAGAACGACGUGAAAGAAGACACCAGAGGAGAUUAAACAAUAGAUACUCAGUGGAUAGUAGUACUCAAAUUAAUAACCAAAAUGAUAGGCUUCCGGAUUUACUUAACAGUCAUCUACCACCCCCUUAUUCACCUGUUACUGGUAGCUCUGGUCCUAAUAUUGGCUCGGUCAGUCCAAUGUCGCCUCUAAUGGCAAAUUCUGGAAUAUUACCGCAUCCCCAUGGCACAGUUCUACCCACUGUGGUACCUAGUAAUAUAGUGUCUCCUAGUGGAUUUGUAUUUCAAGGUCCUCCACCUGUUGGACAAGUGCCUCUUGUCCAAGGACCAGCACCUGUGGCGGUGCCACCUCCGACUGGUUUCAGAUUCCCAUUUCCUGCUACUGGAUUUAGAAGAGGGCGAUUUUCGGAAGAUCCACCUAAAGGAUGUUGUGGAUUUCUUUCAUGGAAACCGGGUUCGCUGAGGUGGUUCAUCGCACUUAUAGCUUUAGUUGCUGUCUGCUGCGUUUUGGUUGGUACGGCAUUGGGGGCCAUGAGACCAUCUGGUCGAGAUCACCUCACCGUAUCUUUACUCAUGAUAGGUGUUGGAAUAGUACUCGUUACCGUUAGCGGAGUAGCAUGGCGAUUAACAUCGCACGAUUCCUCGACUUGUCGAUCGAUGCUUGGAUUAGGCAGUACGGAAUCGGUUGAAGUUUGUCCACGACGUUUCGUUCCGAGACUUCCACCCGCUUAUGGCCGUCCUCAUCAUCCGUACGCAGCAAUGAUGUAUCCAGAAUUUCAAUACAGACCUCCACCGCCUAGUUAUCAAGCUUCGAUGCAAGAAUACAGGUUGAGAUUGUUACUGCUGGAAAGAGGCAAUACCCCACAGAUACACAACGGGAUACAAAACGCUAUUUCGCCUCCUCCGACUUAUAGAAGUCAGUCAGGAAGUUUAUUAAGGGCACCAGUUUCUAAUAGACGUGAUGCUCAAUCAGAAUACAGUUGUCCGCCUUCCUACCGAUCCCAGAGCACCAGACCUGGUACUAUACAGUCAAAUUCAGUACUACAUAGUAGAGAGCAGUCAUUGUCGUUAUCUGAAUCAAACCAUGGUGGAUCAAUGGUUAAUGUAGUCAAUAUACUUAGUAGUACUGAAGAGGACAUAGCUUUGGACAACAUAACCUUGGAUUCCUUAAAAAUGGAACCUGAGAAUGAUUUGAAUCCAGUGAAAAUGUUGCUGAAAGGCAGUUCUGGUGAUCUAGAAGGAAGCAAAGAUGGGAAUCUUGUCACUAUAGUUCAAACCAGUGAUCAGAGUCCGGUGAUAGUGACUGUAAGUGGUAGUUCCCAAAUAGACAGUAAUAAUUCUGUUCAGAUAACAGAAAUACCUUCGGGAAUGGAAAUUUUAGCACAUUUAUAGUGUUCUUCAUGUGUAUAUAAAUAAGAGUCAAAUUGAAAUUUGAAUUUUUGAAAAAUAGUUAUAUUGUUACAGAAUUAAGAUAUUUUGAAAAAAAAAUAAUAUUUGGAAAAGUAUCGAAAAUUAUUUUACUGAAAUUUGGUAAGAAUCUUAUAUAGAUUCGAUCAUUUCCACUUUUCAUGUAACUACAAAUUCAAGAAUUGAAAAACAGUUUUUAACAUCAAUUUCUAUUAUAUAGAGUACCAAAUUUCAGCAAAUAUAUAGAAAACUUAUAAACAUACCAUAUUUUUUAAGAAAUCGUCUUGUUUUGAUUGAGUUUGAAAUUCAGUAAUUUAACUAAUCGGUAUAGUUCCUGAGAUAUAUUGUUUAUUUUCGACAUUUAAAAUUUCAUGAUUAUUAUCAUUGGUACUCUGCCUUUUAAUUAUAAUCACUUUGGAUCCAAACAAAAAUUUCUUAUGCAU